AUGGAUAAACAAGGCCGUGAAUUGGUGUUCUUGCACUCCGGUGACUUUCUCCGGCAAAACCCAGGUGUUUCCGAUCACUUAAACGACAGUUCGAGUAAUCAUACCAAGCCCAUGAUCAAAGAAGUUGACUUCUUUUCUACUGAUAGGACUAGUAAAUUGCCAAGUGAUCGAGAGAUGAACAAUAUUGGUAUUGGAUCAUCGAGUCUAGUUGAUUCUAGCAUAAACACUGGAUUGAACCUGUUAACUUCAAGUUCUGGGAUUUCAAAGAUAGCAAAUGAUAAGAAACCCAAUAAUAAUGAACUGAGUGUACUACAGGGAGAGUUAGGAAGACUGCACGAUGAGAACAAGAAGCUGAGAAGCUUGUUGGACCAGAUUACCAAAAGUUACAAGGAUCUGCAAGCUCAAUUACUCGUGUCAAUGCAAAAACAGACACAAGGGAAUCGGGUAAAGCAGAAAGGGGAGCUAAAUGACACAGCAAGUCCCAUGAUGUCAGCUCAACGCAUAAUGGACCCACGGCCAUCUGCCACGUUAGAUGUCAAUGAUCCUUCGGUAUCCGAUGAAAAGACGCACGAAGUAUUGGUCUCUCCAACAAAUACAGCGGAAACGAAGUCUCAAAUAUUAGGGAAACGAGCUUCAGUUGAGGAUGGUCUUGAUCAAACAUCCCAGAGUUGGGGAUCCCCUAAAAGUACAAAAUUGGAACAUGAAAAGCCUGACGAGCAACUCCCUGAGGUGCCUUUCAGGAAGGCUAGAGUGUCCGUUCGAGCAAGAUCGGAGGCACCUUUGAUAAGCGAUGGGUGCCAGUGGAGGAAGUAUGGUCAAAAGAUGGCCAAAGGGAACCCUUGUCCUCGUGCCUACUAUCGUUGCACCAUGGCUGUUGGAUGCCCAGUUCGCAAGCAGGUGCAAAGAUGUGCAGAAGACAAGGCCAUUCUCAUAACAACAUAUGAAGGAAAUCACAACCACCCUCUUCCCCCAGCAGCUACGGCUAUGGCAAGUACUACCUCAGCUGCAGCAGCAAUGCUCCUAUCAGGUUCAACAACCAGCAAAGAAGGCCUAUCCUCAAGUAGUAGCAUCUACCCUUCUUUGCCCUAUGCAUCAACAAUGGCUACCCUGUCUGCUUCUGCACCAUUUCCCACUAUAACCCUGGACUUGACACAAGGCCCAAACACUACAAUUCCAUUCCUCCGCACCAAUCCUUCUCCAGCCACUUUCCCUCUUCCUUUGCAUGGCUGCCCACAACUCCUUGGGCAGCCAAUAUAUGUCGCUCCCAAGUUACCAGCAAUCCCUUCCGUGCAAUUAGGACAGCGGCAAGCUUCAAUGGUUGAGACAGUUACUGCAGCCAUUGCUUCUGACCCAAAUUUCACAACAGCCUUAGCAGCAGCUAUCUCAACAUUUUUGGGUACACCUAGAAGCAGUGAUGGGCUUAACAACCAUAGUGCACCUAGUGGAAUACCUGGAUUGCCUGGAUCUCCACAUCUUCCUCAAUCUUGCACCACUUUUUCCACCAACUAG